GUCAAUAGGCCGAUGGCAUUAUUAAAUAAUAGUUAUAAUAGCAAUUAAAUAAUAGUUACAUAAUAAAUAUUUUUACUUUAUUAACAAAAAUGUUUUUCAAAUUGUGCUUCAUGUUCUUGGCUGUUGGAUUUGUUAAAGGUGCCAUCUUGAAUCGGCCGCCGAUAUCCAGGAUAGUGGGUGGGGAGGACGCUGCAGAUGGGAGCGUGCCGUACCAGGCGUCGCUGAGGAGCAUCCUGGGCUCCCACUUCUGUGGUGGUACCAUCAUCAGCGAAAGAUGGGUGCUGACCGCCGCGCAUUGUACUGUUGGGCAGUCCAAGCUCACCAUGAAGGUAGUAGUCGGCACCAACAGCCUCGUCCGCGGCGGGGACACAUACAGGGUGGAGAAGAUCUGGGUCCACGAGGCGUACGACCCCUACAACAUCGUCAACGACAUCAGCCUGGUGAAGCUGGCACAGGACAUCAAGAUGGGGAGCAAGGUCCAGGCUAUUGGGCUGCCAGAGAACGACACCGCUGGUGGAGCUGAUCUGGUCCUCACGGGGUGGGGAAGAAUAUCGUACCCUGGCUCCCUACCCGACCAGCUGCAGACUAUCAACCUAACGGCACUCAGCGUGGACGAGUGCCAGCAGAUCUACAGCCACAUGGCCUCAGUCAUGGACUCCCAGGUUUGCUCUCUCACUAAGGAGGGCGAAGGCGCUUGUCAUGGUGACUCCGGCGGUCCUCUGGUGGAAGGAGACUCCGUUGUGGGCAUCGUCUCCUGGGGAAUCCCCUGCGCCAAGGGCUUCCCUGAUGUCUACACCAGGGUCUACUCCUUCCUGGACUGGAUCACCAAUAUCACCAGCGACAAUGUGGUGGUUGAGAAUUAAAUAAAUAAAUGCUAAGAUGAAA